AUGAAGUUCUUUUACAAGACUCUCCCGGUCUUCUGGAUGCUACUGAAAGGGGUUCUACCUGGGCCGUGGAGUGCCUGGAUGCCAGAGAACAUUCCUGCCUUCGAGGGCACCUGCGUGGUCAUCCCCUGCCGCUUCAACUACCCUGAAGAGCUGCGCCCAUCGGUCGUGCACGGCAUCUGGUACUUCAACAGCCCUUACCCCAAAAACUACCCUCCGGUGGUCUACAAGUCUCGCACCAACAUUGUCCACGAGAGCUACCUCGGGCGCACCCGGCUGCUGGGAGACUUGAACACUCGCAACUGCACUCUGCAGAUCACCCGCCUCAGCCCGGAGCUGACUGGCAAAUAUUACUUCCGUGGGGACCUGGGCGGCUACAAUCAGUACACCUACUCGGAGCACUGCAACCUCGAGAUUAUCAACAAACCCACCAUUGUGACCCCACCAGAAGUGGUGGAAGGAUCAGAGGUGGAGCUGCGUUGUGUGGUGCCCGAUAACUGCCCUGAGAUGAAGCCCAUCAUCUCGUGGACAAACCACGAGGGUUUGUCUCAGUACUCGGUCUACGGGCAGGUGGAAGAGGAGGGCAGCACCUGGUCCCUCAUUUCCAUGCUCAAGUUCCUACCUUCGCGUGAGAACAACCAUCAGGAGUUGGGCUGCAAGGUCAACUAUGUCAACACCACCUUCGAGUUUGAUGCUGUCUCCAUCCUGGAUGUCAAAUACAUACCCCGAAUCGUGCAAGCAAAUUCCUCUGCAGAGGUAAUACAGGGCUCGCCAGUGGUACUGGUGUGUGCCGUGGACAGCAAUCCCCUGGCCCUGAUCUCGUGGCUCAGGGAAGACGACCUUCUGUAUGAAGAGGUUGGCGGGAGCCUCACGCUGCGUCUGGAAAAUGUAACCUACCUGCAAGACGGCAUCUACACUUGUGUGGCUGAGAACAUCUACGGGAAGGAGAACCAUACGCUGGCCUUGACCGUGAUGUAUGCACCUUGGAAGCCCAUAGUGAACGUGUCGGUGAUAGCAGUCGAGGGAGAUCCUGUGACCAUCCUGUGCAGCACGCAGAGCAACCCUGAACCCAUCAUCACCAUCUUCAAGGAGAAGAAGGUCAUGAAGACCGUGGUCUACAGUAGCCAGCUGGCCCUGGAGUUCUCAUCCGUGACGCACGAGGAUGACGGCGAAUACUGGUGCAUCGCCGAGAACCAGUUUGGCCAAAGCGGCAGUGCCUUCAACCUGACCAUUGAAUUUGCCCCCCUCAUCCUCCCGGAAUCCAAGUGCACGGCCGCACGGGACACGGUGCAGUGCAUCUGUGCGGCGAAAUCAAACCCAGAGGCCGUGAUCGUCUUCAAGCUGCCCACCCGCAACGUGACAGUGAACGAGACCGACCGGGAGUUUGUGUACUCUCAGAGAACCGGCUACACCAUCACCAGCAUCCUCACCCUGCGGGGGGAAGUGGACUCUCAGCUGUACAUCGUCUGCUCCGCCAGGAACCUCUACGGCACCAAGGACCAGCAGCUCCAAUUCCACCACUCCAACAGUCUGAUGUGGGCAAAAGUCGGACCGGUGGGAGCAGUUGUAGCUUUCGCGAUCCUCAUAGCCGUAGUGUGUUACGUCAGCCAGACCAGGAAAAAAAAGCAUGUGACGUCAGAGUCAGGUGACAGGAAGAGGAGGAGCCGGGGUUGUUGCAUCUUCCACAUCUGUAAUGUGACUGUGAUAACAGCUGCCUUGGUUUAUUACGGGCGCCACCCAGGAAGCGACAAACGGCUCUUGAACAAGCGUGAGGACCUGGGCAUUGACUACGCCAACAUAGACUUCACCAAACUGUCCACCAAGGAUAGCUACACCCUGACGGAGGAGCUGGCUGAAUACGCCGAGAUCCGAGUCAAGUGAGACUUUGUCCCCCAACGACAGCGGCAGCUUCCACGGAUCUCCAAACAUUGGAACUGUAAUAGUCUAAUGACACCCCUCGCCAAGCCAGCUGGUCCAGCUAACCCUAUUGGUCCUCCUGAGAGGAGCCACCUCUGUCCACUGGCUUCAUCUGUAAACGUAUGUCACGAUGCUCCCGCUUUAAGAGCCCCACGUGUGGUUUCUGUUCCCUUCAGGACACAAACUGAAGAUCACGUUAAUGUAUAUUUAUGCACACUCCUAAGCUGCCCACUUUCCAACAUAUUAUUUCAGCCACACAAUCAGGGUGGUUACGAAACGGUAACAGGACGGCUGUACUCCACUUUUUGCAAUCUGUUUCCCCAGUCUACGUUUCCCUAAUCCACAUUUGUAAGGAACGGGAAGCUGUCGCU